AUGAACAAUUUGAGUAAAGCCAUAUUAAAUGGAGAUUUUGAUGAAUCUUCAUCAUCUGAUGAUGAUAUCAUCAUGAUGCAACUAUUCACAGCGCAACAACAAAGAUUACAGAUGUUAAGCCUAAACCAACAAACCAGACGUGUUGGUUCCACAAGUGGUCGUCGAUACAUUAAUCGUGAGAGGGUCAAAGGCGACGAACAGAUUUAUAGAGAUUAUUUUGCAGAUAAUCCUAUCUAUCCAGAAGAGUACUUCCGAAGACGUUUUCGAAUGAGGCGGUCAUUGUUUGUUAGUAUCUUACACGAUAUUCAACAAGUGAAUGCGUACUUCAUCCAAACUCGUGAUGCUACUGGUGCUCUUGGAUUAUCCGGUGUACAGAAGAUGACUGCAGCACUUCGGAUCCUCCAAUACGGCGUGCCUGCUGAUGCUGUAGACGAGUACAUUAGAAUCGGCAAAAGUACUGCAAUUGCUGCCUUAAAUUUUUUUACCAGAUCAAUUGUUGCUACCUAUGAAGCUGUUUACUUAAGAUCUCCAAAUGAAGCAGAUGUCGGCAAAUUAUUGCAAAAGGGAGAGCAACGCGGGUUUUCUAGAAUGUUAGGGAGUUUGGAUUGUAUGCACUGGCGUUGGAAUAAAUGUCCAAGUGCCCAAGUCGGUGCUUACACUGGACACUAUCACAAACCAACAGUUGUACUCGAGACAGUUGCCUCCUAUGACUUAUGGAUUUGGCAUGCUUUCUUUGGCAUGCCUGGCUCUCUAAAUGAUAUUACUGUUCUUGACAGGUCGCCUUUAUUUGCUGAAUUAACUAGAGGACGUGCCCCUGCUGCCAACUUCACCACCAAUAAUCACGCAUACACCAUGGGGUAUCAUCUUGCUGAUGGUAUCUAUCAUCAUUGGGCAACGAUUAUGAAAACAAUAUCUCAACCUCAAGGCGCAAAGAGACAGCUAUUUGCAAGGAUGCAAGAGGCAUGUCGGAAAGAUGUCGAAAGGGCAUUUGGAGUGCUCCAAGCACGAUUUGAUAUUGUCAGCGUGCCAGCUAGAGAUUGGAGUGAUAAGGAUUUGUACUACAUCAUGAAGACAUGCAUUAUUUUGCACAACAUGAUCAUUGAAGACGAGCGUGAUAUUCCAGAAAAUGAACGCAGUGCAGCACAACUUGAGACUGAUACGAGUAAUUUGGGCUGUCAAGUGUCACGCGAUCCGAAUGAGGAGUAUGCUCAAUUUAUGUUGAAUCGGAAAAGGAUUAGAUCUGUUGAAACCCAUAAUGUAAUUCGUAAUGAUCUAAUUGAACACUUGUGGUCCCGAGCUGGAGAGUUAGAUUAA